AUGCCUUUGAAUCCCUUGAGAGGUAUUGAAACUGUCGACUUUGGCCAGUCUUUUCUUCCCGCGUUCGCCCCCGGGACUCUCCGUACCCCGCUAGCAGUCCGUCCACCGGAAGUCUUGUUCAGCAGCGAUCCGUUAGAUUUUCGCGUUGAUUUAUGGAGUAUGGGCUGCAUGCUUUUCGAGCUUUUUGUUGGCCAACCUCCUUUUGAUGGGCCUCCCAGCACGCCGGAGGUCUUGGUGAGACAGAUGGAGGAAACGGCAAGUGACGAGCUACCUGAGCGCUGGAGAGGUUUAAUCAAUACCGGCGCUGAGACGAAAACAGCUGGGUCAUCACUACAAAGCUGGUGUGAGGACAUGUAUUUGGACAAUGAGCGGAAAAGUGACUUGACAAUGGAGGACAUCAGGGUCCUCGGCCGGCUCAUUGCAAAGCUUUUGUAUUUCGAGCCGAGAAGGAGAGCGCCUGCAAGCGAGAUUCUGAGCGAUACUAUCGCGCUAUUACAGGUCUCAUUAUUUAUGAGUUUGUUACUCUGUCUAGUUGAUUUUAUUCCUCAUCCUCUCGCCUAUGUGUUCCCAUGA